GCCCUCUUUCUGCUUGGCAAUUGCCAGAACGCGGGUGGGAACACCAUGGACGAGCGGCAAUGUGGUCUCCCGGGCUAUGUGACUCGAACGCACGUGACCAUGGAGUUUUGGAACUCUGCGGGAGCCGCCUACAUCGCGGAAUUCCAAGCCUGAAAUCCGGCCAUUGCUCCUCCCAGGGCGCGUCACUACACCUAUGUGGGCGCAGAGUACAUGUUUACCUUUGGGCCAGAACGGGAAGCAGCGGCACGCGAUGGUGUGGCCCUCACCUAUUAUCGCUCCUGGAAUUCCACCUGGUUCGACCCCACGCCCUACUUCUCCAAGCUCACGGACUUCACCGUGGGCGUGGACAUUGCAAACUGCUCUGAGCUCUUCAAAUUGACGGACCAUGUUCUAGCGGCUGCAUUCAUCCGCGUGACGGGCUAUGAGGAUGCGGUACUGGAUGCCGGCACGGAGAAUGCCAGGAUCGGUUGCUGGAAUCAUUCCUUCGUCUUGGGCCCUGGGUGUCGUAAUCCAGACGACCCAAACAAAUGCAUCCCCUACCUGACCUACGCUGGCUGGUUGGAGCCUUCGGGCAUUCAAAAGAUCUUCUCCUACAACACGGCCAUUGCCUAUGGUGAAGCAUUGAGCUGGGGGAAGUACGUGUCCAUCCCCCGCGACUUCAAGGUGAUCUACUACUGGUGGAGUCCGGCCACGGAGUUCAGUGACAUGAGCGCGCAGAAGCUGGUCUUUCCCGGACCCGCCAGUCCAUCCAACUGGGCGAAGAAUAUCCGGAACAAGCUCUAUCCCAUCUCUGAGAUGUACUCCUUCACAGCUCGAGAGAUUCAGGAUUACUAUGCAGAUAUUUUCACGUUAGUGAGCCGCAUCGAUCUCAACAACCAGGAGUUUGAUGCGGUGAUGGGGACACUGCAAGCCAAUUGGGCGGCUGGUUUCGGAGGGGCCGACGGCUAUCAGAAGACGGCCUGCGACUUUAUCCAAGCCAACCUUGCUAAGACAUUGAGCUGGAUCCCGAAUGAUUUGGAGUGCGCGGCUGGUACAGGCGUUCGGACGGCCGACGGCGGCUAUGAUGCGGUGACGCGUGAGGAAGCGUCCUACUGUGAAUGGUGUCCACCAGGCCGGUUCUCCAACCCGAUUACCCUGACGAGUGCGACCAACGGGGACAUCAACACCUACAGGUGUGAUGCAUGCCCAGCUGGACAGAAGCAAGGAACAGGUGGAUCCACCUUUUGCGAGGAUUGUUCCAGUGGCACCUUCUCCUCGCAGGUGGCCACCGUGAAAUGCACCCUGUGUCCCGUGGGCUCCUACAUGCCCGAGAAAGCGGCCUCCCAAUGCACCCGAUGCCCUGCUCCCAUGGUGACGGCGGAGGAAGCCUCUCGCUUCGAGACCCAAUGCAUUUGCCCCAAGGGGAUGGUGCGACCCUGCCGUCACACAUCGGCACCCAACGGGCUGCGAGAGGGCUGCACCUGCAACAAGGAGGUCUAUGCCACUGAGACCAGCGAGAUGUGCAUCCCAUGUCCUGAUGGCUUGGAGUGCAAAGCUGGAGCUGACGAGAAAGACUUGCCAUGCUAUCGUGCGAUGGAGUCGCCGGAAUUGAACUAUCCACGGCCGCUCCCUUCGCAUUACACUGGCUUCGAUUCACCUUACAGCGUCUACAAGUGCAAGGACGCAGAGAUCUGCCCCGGGCAAGCCAUUGAAGUUUGCUCUGCCAAUGCCUAUGGUAUCGCUUGUGGUUUGUGCCAGGA